GCCGCUUUGUCGGGGGUGGGACUAGUGGUCGUUGUUGAGGAAGGCUGACUGUCCUACUAACGUUACGAUCUUACAGGUAGAUAGAUAUAUGUUAAAGAAUCUCACAGGUCGGCAAUAACUUUGGCUUGUUUAAAUAAUGGUUCAAUUUCAAAGGUAUUGGCUGAAAAACCUUAUCCUGCAGAGUCCGUACUGUCGGGGAGUUCUACCAUCGAGAAAAAGUUAUAUCCCUGAGUUCUCAUUUUGCCUCCUGUUUGGACAUCGAUGCGCUGGAUACAGUACCACAUCAGGGAUCCCUGGUGUGAGAGAACGUACUCUAGUUGCAGUGAAACCAGAUGGGGUCCAGCGGCGCCUUGUGGGGCAGAUCACACAACGCUUUGAACAGAAAGGCUUCAAACUGGUGGGCCUGAAGAUGCUACAGGCACCAGAGGAGCAGCUCUCUCAGCAUUACCAUGAGUUAAGGAGGAAGCCAUUUUACCCCAGUCUCCUGCACUACAUGACCUCUGGUCCCAUAGUUGUUAUGGUGUGGGAGGGUUAUAAUGUGGUCCGGACAUCCCGGAUCAUGAUAGGAGACACCAACCCAGUCGAGGCCCAAGCAGGCACCGUUCGAGGGGACUUCAGCAUUCACAUCAGCAGAAAUGUGGUCCAUGCCAGUGAUUCAGUAGAGGGGGCUCAGAGGGAGAUCCAGCUGUGGUUUCAUCGAAAGGAACUGAUGGAUUGGGACUGCUGUGACCACAGUAGUACCUACCAGAUAUGAGAAAGAGAUUUUAGGUAGAGAUAGAAAGAGAGAGUGAAGCAUUUCAUUAUACUGUUGUAUCCUGUGCAUGUGACAAUGAAACUUGAAAGAGUGAACAAGGUAGAAUGACCAAUAGGAAUAGUGGCUCCAUAACCAUACCUACCUCUUUGUGUCUUGCUUGCAACACAGUGUCCCACGUGCAAUACUCGUCCCUCUCCAUCGUGGGUGGCUCCAAUACCCCAUAGCCUCUCAGCUACUAUUAUAGUGUUCGGUCCUCACCAUAUGUACAGUGCGUUCAGAAAGUAUUCAGAGCCCUGGACUUUUUCCACAUUUUGUUACGUUACAGCCUUAUUCUAAAAUGAAUGAAACAGUUUUUUCCUCCUCAUUCAUCUACAUACAAUACCCCAUAAUGACAAAGCAAAAACAGGUUUUUAGAAAUGUUUGCAAAUGUACAAAAUAUA